AUGAGGAUGAGGGUGAGGAUGGAAAGGAUUUGCCCUGCUGGCCUGCUUAGUGUGUUUCUUUCCCAUUCAGCCAAUCCGAUGGGAAUAGUCCUCAUACCCGAUCCCAUAAUGUACCACCAGCUUCCGCUUAUUCUUCAAGGUUCUGCAUACCAUCAGUGGAACGAUCAGAGCUCGUAUCAUGAGUCACAUGGUUGCACAACCUGCUUAUGCAUCCAGGAGAUCCCGAUUUUGCCGAUCUUGCUGCGAGAUAACCUAGUCGGAAGUGCAUUUCGAAUGUUUUCUCUGUCUCGUGCCCAGCCCAAUCACGUGUGA